UGAUUGACAGGCAGGGUGACCCUAUGGGGACCGAGCGACGGAGCUUCAGAACCCACCCAGAGGCAAUUAAGGGUAAAGGACGACAAAAAUAUUUCAACUUUUUCCCCCUCCUCCUCGUUCUUCUCCUCCUCCUCCUCUUUCUCUGUGUAGCGUGAGGAUGAAAGACUGACUUGAACAGAAAAACAAAACUUUAGUAUAAGCUAGGCAUCAAGUUUGAAGAGGACGAGUGGAAAAGUUCUUUCAAGAGCGGAGGUGGUUUGCGUUAUGACGCGCUCUUAAAGAAGAGAACCCCCGCGCUUCCUCCUCAGAAAAAAAAAACUUUUUUUUGAGGGGGGGGGGCAAUUCUCGUCGCCGAUGGGGGCCGCGCCGGGCUCUGGCUGGGAGGAGGGCGAGUUCGAGUUCAAGCUGGUGUUCGAGGAAGACGCGCCGCGGCCAGAGGAGGAGAGUUCCGGCUCCGUGGAGCCCGCUGACAGCAGCAGCAGCAGUUUGGUUACAGACGGCCACUGUGCCACCUCUCAUGCGGAGGAGCGCUCCCCAGUCAGCAUCCCCAGCCCGCCACCUUUGGCCAAUCAGCGGGCCGGGAUGCAUUCCCCGCCUCCACGGAGAGCCCCGGCCAGAGAAUUCAGCGGGACUUAUGAGAGCCUGCCGGCACGCUCCGUUCAGGUUUCAGAGUCCCGCGUGGUGGAGUGUCCCAGCAUCCAGAUCACCACCAUCUCGCCUGAAGAUGAGCCAGCACCCGCUCUUUCCUGGGACCUAGACAGCGGCAGUCGAUGGGACCCCGAGCGCCUCUAUCUUCCUCUGCUGGACCCCUUCGCCUACCGAGAAAGGUGCCCCGGCUCGCUCAGCCCCAGCCCUGCCUCCAGCCCCUCGUCCCGCGGCUGGCUGAGUCCGGCCUCCAGUUGCGACUCCCUGCUGGUAGAAGAAGAGGAGCUCAGUGAGGCCACGCUCCAUUUCGAGCUCUCGCCGUCCUCCCGGCCGACUUCGCCGGGCAGAAAGAAGCGGAGGAACUCGCCCCUCGCGUCCCCUUGCUCGUCUCGUAGGGGGAGUUACUCCGAGGAGCUGCAGAGGGGCGUCCUAGAGGGGGGAGACUACAGUCUUCUGUCACAAGCUUCGCCUGGCAGCUGUGAGCUCAGUGUUCCACAGAAAACGAGGAAGACAUCUAUGGAGCAGUUGUCUCCAAGGGAUCAGGAACAGGCCCCUGGGCAACAGCAGACAGAGAGCCUGCAGACUAGGAGAGAGCCCCCCUCAAUGAGUAUGGACUAUCUCUCGGUUCCCCCUGCCUUGGCCUGGGGCCGGACCCGAGCUAAUGCCCACAGUCCUCUCUUCAGGUCCAAUGCCCUGCCACCACUUGACUGGCCCCUACCGUCCCAAUUUGACCAGUACGAACUGCGCAUCGAGGUACAACCCCGGCCACACCACCGAGCCCACUAUGAGACCGAGGGGAGCAGAGGAGCUGUCAAGGCCACUCCGACCGGACAUCCGGUUGUCAAGUUGUUCGGAUACAAUGAGAGGAAACCACUUUCUCUCCAGGUUUUCGUGGGAACCGCAGACGAUCGCUCCAUCAGGCCACACCCCUUUUAUCAGAUACACAGGGUGACAGGAAAAAUGGUGGGCACAACCAGUCAUGAGAAUAUCCUGGCGGGAACAAAAGUACUGGACAUCCCCCUCAACCCUGAGAACCACAUGACUGCACUCAUCGACUGCGCCGGGAUUCUCAAGCUGAGGAACUCGGACAUUGAAUUGAGGAAGGGCGAAACAGAUGUCGGAAGGAAGAACACACGUGUCCGCUUGGUCUUCCGCACCCACCUCCCUCUGGCACCCCCUGCUGUCCCACCUGGUCGGGUCCUGGCCCUGCAGGUGGCCUCACUGCCCAUCGAAUGCUCCCAGCGGUCAGCACAGGAGCUGCCUGUCAUCGAGUCAGUCAGCUUCACUUCCUGUUCAGUAGAGGGCGGCGAGGAGCUCCUGUUGAGCGGCACCAACUUCAUGGCUCUCUCUAGAGUUGUUUUCAUGGAGAGAAGCACGGAUGGUAAACUUCAGUGGGAAGAGGAAGCCCACGUGGACCGUGACAACAGCAACGAGUGUUUGCUUCGCAUGAGGGUGCCGCCCUACUGCGACCUGUCCAUCACUCGUCCGGUGUCAGUCAGUCUUUACGUCUCCAACGGCAAGAGGAAAAGGAGCAGCACUCAUUGCUUUAAAUAUGUCCCCAUCAUGUUCAAGGAAGAGGACCCACUCCUGUCCCUUCCUCAAGCGCUGCCUCUGGAUGCAGGGGUGGUGUGUUCUUCGGUUGGGGGUCAGUCCAGAAUGAACGUGAGGUGCAACGCCGCGGCCGAAGAGCAGACAGGCCUGGGGUUUAACCUGUCCCCCUACCCAUCCACCUACUCGCCUCCAUGUACUAGCCUGGUUUACCAGGAGGAAUACGGCGCCGACACUGCGACAGAGGAGCCUGGUGGGAUUGGCCCCAACAUGUCUGAACCUCAUCCCAGUUUUGAGAACCUGGAGCUGGGUUUCACUGAGCUCCUCCCGCCAUUGUACCUCCGCAGUCAACAGCCACCGUCCCCUUCCCCCUGGCUAGACUCGCCUUACCUAUCGUCCUCACCCUCUCCCUCCCACUCUUCCUCUCUUAGCCCUUUCCCGGCCGGCAGCCCAAUCUCCUCAUCCCCUCUGCCUCCUGUUCCCACCCCACCAUACCCGCAGUACUCCGCUUACUCUCAGGAGAUGUGUCCCUCGCCUCCAACCAACCAGAGCGCCUACCAGGACCUGUGUUCAGUGCCUUACUCCCAUUAUGACAGCUGGGACCACUCAGGAAGGGCUCUGGGGAUGGGUCACAGGGACGAGAAAGAUGCCAAGAUUCAGGAGGGUGCUCUGGAGUUCACCAGCUCCGCCACCAUGCAUCCCAUCACAUUUGAGGAAGUGUCGGAGUACAUUGGGCAGGACUUGCAGUCUUACCAGGACGCCUUACAAACGGACGAGGAGCCACACUGAUGAGGUCGUCGUUCAGCAUCAUUCCUUUCACUACGCACUCGCUAUAUACCACGACAUCCUGCUCCACUUCAACCUGUUCCAUUGCCAGGAAUAUAUUUCUUAUGUGAAUAUACAGAUAUACAUAUGGACACACACAGACACGCACAUAAAGGGAAAGCAAUGUUUUUGGCAAAUAAAUUAUCUAAGAAACAA